AUGGACGACGGGCUAAUGUCGGGGACACCAUGGCUGGACCAGCCGGUAAUGCUUCACUCGUCUCGGGAAGAGACUUGCGAGCUUACUCCGGCCCAAUGUGAAUAUCGCAACGGCUACUGGCGAUAUUGGUACCACGCAGAUCAUGUAUAUGCUCUUGGAACAGUCUACUUCUUCAUCGCGGUUGUUGGUGUUUGCUUUAUCGGAUUCUACCUCCAGCGACUUGCUCCCAGGUCUCUUAGAGAAAAGACGUGGUGGCGGAAGGUAAUAGCGAGCUUUCGUUUUCUGUCCUACCGCCAUUAUAAUGUUGCUGCAAUACGAUGGCAUACUCCGCCUUUGGGAGUUAUCCUUCUGCUGAUUUCUGGCGCUGUGUUCUUCUUGGCAAUGACUCUCGGCCCAAAGCCAUACUACUGGCCGAACACACGAACGCUUAGUUACGGUGGUUCGCCUCCUCUCGCAACUAGAGCCGGCUGGAUGGCUCUAGCCUGCAUGCCUUUCAUGAUUAUUCUCCCGACCAAAUCCAAUUAUAUCGCCUCCUUAACUGGGGUUUCUCAUGAGCGCCUCAUUGUGUUUCAUAACUGGGUCGGAUGGGCUAUGUUUGUCCUAGCCCUCGUACACACUUUUCCGUUUAUCGUGGUCAAUAUUGGGAAGGGAGAAAUGGUCACAGAGUGGAAUACCAGCGUUGCGUACUGGACCGGAGUUAUUGCUCUGAUCGCACAGGCCUACCUCCAAGUGUUUUCACUCCGAUUUAUUCGAGAUCGAUUCUACGAGUUUUUCAAAGUAACGCAUUAUGUAGCAGCGGUAGUUUUCGUGGUCUUCUUCUUCAUCCACUGCGACUUUCGCUUGAGUUCUUGGGAUUAUUUUAUCGCGACCGGAGUCUUGUAUACGCUCUCGUUCCUUUACUCACAAGUCCGGACCUACUUCGAAUUCGGAAUAUCCAAUCGCGCUAGCUUCACCAUGGUUUCGGACCUGGCUUUGAAAGUGACAAUUCCUAUCGAUACAACUUGGCGACCUGGCCAGCAUAUGUUUCUCCGCUUUGCUCACAUGGGAAUGCACGCCUUCACAGCCCAUCCCUUUACUAUAUGCAGCCUACCCGUCGUGGGGCGGGGUACUAGACAGGCAAAGCUUGUAUUCUACGUACAACCUCGAGGCGGGCUCACGGCUCACCUAGCCAGAGCUGCUGCGCUGAACCCCGGUUACAGCGUUCCUGUUUUACUAGACGGACCGUACGGAGGGGUUCAAGGAAGACCUCUACACACGUAUGAUUACAAUCUUGUCAUCGCCUGCGGUGCUGGUGCCGGCCUCUCAUUACCGUUUGUCAUGGAAAGUUUACUUCGUUCGGCCUGGAAUCGACGCGCAGAGAACAAGAAACCGUGUACCAAGAUACAAGUUAUUAUUGCCACGAGAGGCGCACAAUUAGUGCAAUGGUAUGAAGAGGCAUUGGUAGACUACCUAGAGGAAAAUGGCGUGAAUAUGGUACCUGAUAACCUCAAUAUCUCGAUAUACCAAACAGGGAUGUCGGAGCCGAAGAGCAAUAUCGCAGCUAAAGACCCCGAAUCACCCGACGAGAAGCUUAAUGGAAACCCUGAGGUAGUCAGGCGCCUUCCCAUCAGUGUGUUUUCCGGUCGUCCGGACAUGAGGACGGUGGUGAGGGAUGCUGCUAACCAGUCUGGGCUUUCUGUCGGCAUCGCAGCUUGCGGUCCUCGAGAAAUUUUGAAGAUUGUGCAAGACGAAGCGGCAGCUGCCCAACUGCGCAUCAUGAGCUCUAAAUCUAGCGCGCGCGAAGUUUACUUGCAUUCCGAAAUAUUCUCGUAAGUUGUUUUCCCCCUUGAGCUAUAUAAAAUUCCACUUUGAUGCUGAUCUAGAUUUCUACAUAGGUGGUAAUAGAAUUAUCUUAUUCAUGUACCCAAUGCGAAAUUAUUUCUUAGAUCUUUAGUAGAUACCUACCUAGGUAGUUACCCGCAAAUAUCAACUGUAGAACAUGUAGUCUAUAUUGACAUUAGAAAAGUCUCCUAGCAUAUAGCUUAAAGUGAGAUUUUUCUCCUAGGUUGCUGUAAACCUUUCU